CAACAUCAACUAACUCUUCUCAUCGUCAAAAGAUUCUUCCAACUUGUUCCAAAUUCUUUUCUCAGAAAACAAAUCAAGUUGGAUGACGCCGAGAAGGAACAAUCUAGUUCCUUCAACAGAUGAGUGAGUAUUCAUAAAAGGGCAAAGCAAGUCUCGUUGGCAAAGUUUUGGUGAGGGCUACCGGUACCAGGUAGUGCUAGAAUAUCGGAAUCGAAUCACAAGAAUCUCUUUGUGGUCUUUUUGUGUUGGGCCUUCAAGUUGGUUUCUAGGGCAGAAGAAGUCCUGUCGAGUAUCUUUUUCAAAGAACAUGGCGACUGAUACAACUUUCCGUGUGGAUUUAAUGAGCUGCAUUGUGGAUACGGCAGAGGAACAACAAUCCUGUAUCCAAGCAGUCCAAUCUUUCCCAAACCUUCGCAACCUGAAGAUACGACUUUCUGGAUGGGCUCUACCACAGAACAACCAUGUUCGGGUGGGUAUCAAUACGGUUUCUUCGUUGCUGGAAGCUGUCACGGCUAAAGGAACCAUGGAAGAACUCACCAUUGAUUUGGGGUGCCUCUCUCAAGAAGAAAAUAUUGCUGGGUUUUGCAACACGCUAGCAUCAUCCGAGACCUUGCAAAGCCUUACCAUUGCAUGUUCCGGUGAAGAAUCCAUUUCCAAACAAGGACUACGAGACUUGGGAAAAGCGUUUCGGACGCUUCAUUCUGUGGAAACUCUAAAGUUAUCUGGAAUGGAUCCAGAACAUCUUUCUGUGAUUCUGCAAAACAUGCAAUUGCCACAGGCAUCCUGUCCUUGUGUUCCGGCCUGCAAACGACAGUGCCCUCGGGUAGUUUCGCACUGCAAUUGUGAAGAAGGACCAAAUUCGGAACAACAAACUGAAAGAGGGUAUCCAAAGAAUGUGGAGAUUGAAAAAUCACGUCUCUUUCACCGAGCCAUGACCUAUCUGGUGUACCUGGUCAUGGAUGAAAAACAGAGCUCGAUAUCCAAUCUCACAAUUCGAGACUGUGUACAUUACACGGAAGAUUUGGGUUGUCUCACAUUUCUGCUCAAAGGGCAAUCUAUCCUUGAGGAGCUCACGUUGGAAAGGCUGCGUGUCUGUUCCUUCCCUGGGGCGUCGUCGCCAUUCUGGAGCCCAUGUUCCGUGAAAGAGCUCGACAACCUAAACUCUGCCGUUUCGGAUGUCUUGAAACUAUCCACAGUCAAACUCAUUGACUGCAAAGGCUCCAUGACAGACGUGGAGACCAUGAUCAAGGCCAUGGUCCAGAAUCCGAAUUUGGAACAGUUGGUGUUGCAAUACUCCACCCCGGACACCUGUGCUACCACCAUUCAUGCCUUGAACACGAUCCAUCAAGCCAUGGUCAUCGACAAUCUCGACUCUUCCUUGCGACAACUCCAAGUGUUGGCGGGUCCCCAAAUGGAAGCCUAUCGAUUGCACAAGCUGGUAGAACUCUUGGGUCAUCCCAAGUGCAUCCUUGAGAGCUUGACAUUGGAUCUGGGAGCUGGACCCUACCAGUUGGACGUCCUCUCAGACAACUUUGCCGUCAACACUCGGUUGCAGCAUCUCUCUGUGUCUGGUGACGAAGCCUUGGACGUGACAACCCUUGAAUGCUUUGUGGAAAUGCUUUCGGAUGCGCCUCAACUAACGUCUCUGGAGCUGGACUUUCCUGGUACCCACGAGACGAAUGCCAAAGUGGUGCAAGUUUUUCGAGCCAAUACAACCCUUCAAAGCAUUCGUGUGCAUCCCGCUUCGUCUGGAUCCACGCAUUUGUCUUUUUUUGGACUGCGCAAUCAAGUCCGUCAUUUACUCCUGUCGCAAGAUGAGUGGUCAGGUGGGACAUGGUGUCAGGUGCUACAGCUGCUGUUGGAUUGGCAGGAACAGCCACCACCCGAUGUCCUUUCACGUUUGGGAACAAAACGCAAGGAUCUGGUCAUGUUAUCGGCACUUUGGUUUGCCCUGAUGGAAUGCCCGUCAUUGGUUUCGGAACUGGAACCGUUGGCUGGCUGAAUUUGGAAAUGUGGAAUACGAUGAAUGUUGGAGAACGUUUUUGUACUGGCAAGAUCCAAUGUUUUGCGAGGCCAGAAGGAUUUGGCCAUGUGAACCUCUUUUUUGUUGGGUGAUGUGAUGUGAUGAUGUGUUGCAGUCUCUAAAUGUAAUCUGUGGUGAUAUAGGUACCGUAGCUAUGCAUAGUAGUGGGCUGCAUUCGAAAAGAGUUACACAUCCUCGAGUUGGCGAUUCCUCGUUCCUCGU